AAACGACCCAAUUCGAACGCGAGAAAACUGAAGAAGGAAGCGAUUGAGAUUGGGGAGAGGGUGCUGGUGGGCAGGUUAUGCCGACCGUCGCCGCGUUCCUCCCCCGGGCUCUGCUCUUCCCUCGGCCUCGUCCCCCUUCUCCGCCGCCGCUUCCCCCGCCUCUGUCAACGGUAGUUGCCCGGCGGCAGUUCCAUCACUUCCCCUUCCCUCGGCUGCGCCUCACCAAGCCUCGCCCCCUCGUCAUCGUCGCCUCCUCCUCCUCCUCCUCCGGGGCUUCCUUCGAUGAGCUUGAUUCCGUCGGCAGAUCCGACAACCUCUCAUCCAAGGAAUCCAUUCUCUUAAACAUGGUCCAAGAGAUAGAGCCUUUGGAUGUGAGCCUUAUUCAGAAGGAUGUUCCGGCUAAAACAGUGGAUGCAAUGAAGAGGACAAUUUCUGGCAUGCUAGGUUUACUUCCUUCUGACCAGUUUCAUGUCCUUGUAGAAGCCUUAUGGGAACCACUCUUCAAGUUAUUGAUUUCGUCCAUGAAGACAGGGUACACUUUGCGCAGCGCUGAAUAUAGGCUAUACCUAGAAAGAAAUCUAGAUAUCCAUGAUGAACAUAGUGAAAAAGGAAAAAAGGAUCCUGUUGAAGAUGAUAGUCCUGAAAUGUUGUUUGGUAGCUCUCCAACAAUAUCCAGUGCCCCUGGAAGAAAUGAUGCUUAUUGCAACCAUGAAAAGAAUGAUGAGACAUCACAUGAAAAUGCGGGUAUCGACAUCCUUGGGGAGUUAUCACCUGAAGUUCAAGAAUACAUCUGCUCUCUGCAAUCUCGUUUAAAUUCUGCAGAGAAGGAGCUUUGCGACAUCAAAAGGAGGAACACUGCUCUACAGAUGCAAAAUUUUGUAGGAGAAGAAAAGAAUGAUUUGUUGGAUUAUCUAAGAUCAUUGCAACCUGAGAAGGUUGCAGAACUUUCGGAACCAACUUGCCCUGGUGUGGAAGAAACAAUACACUCAGUCGUGCAUGGUCUCCUUGCAACUCUUUCUCCAAAGGUGCAUUCAAAACCCCCGCAUCAUAUGGAAAAUCCAACAGGAGGAACCUUAGGUGUUGGAAAAGAUGACUGUGCUGAACUAGUAGAGAACACUUCGAUACAAUUUCAGCCCCUUAUAUCAGUCCCCAGGGAUUAUCUUGCACGUCUCCUCUUCUGGUGUAUGCUGCUGGGUCACUACAUCAGAGGCCUCGAAUACCGUCUAGAGCUGAUGGAACUUCUGACAAUCUCUAGCGAGGUGGAAACCGUACCACGAGAAGGUGAUUCACUUGCUUGACAGCGCCUACAGGUUUGCUUAUUUACUUCAUCAAAGAAGAGUCUCUGAUGGAUGAUUUUGAGUCCAAACUAUGAAGGAUCUUCAGAGGCAAAGCGCUCCCGCUGGUAACUAUGCUCCAACGUUCUUUAUGCCACCAACAACUAGAUUAUAAAUUUAUAAAAAUAUGUAUAUGUCAAAUAAUAACAGAGUAAAGUUGCCAUUCAACAGUUCUCUUUUUUUCUUUAUCGAGGUGCUCAAGGUGCAUCUGUUUAUUUGCUUUAUGAUGUCCAAGGUAACUAAAAGUUGUGAUUUAUUGACUGUGAACUAGAGAAAGAAUUCCUUGA